AUGGGAAAUUCCAAAUCUAAAGAGAUCACUAAACAUGCUAAAGUUGCUUUCACUCCUGAAUAGCUGUAAUAACUUGAAUAGUUGUUUGCAGGUCUAAAUGGAGGCAAAGAUCUUUUAGAAAAAUCUUUUCUAUCUCAUUUUCCUGAAAACCCAGACUUUUCAAUAAAAUUGUUUAACUGGAUGGUUGAGAGAAGUCCAAAUCAUUAAGUUGAUUAUACCAACUUUGUUAUUUUAUGUAAGUUCUAGUUAUCAUAAUUAGUGGAGUUGCUACUUAAGGAAUUGAAGGAUUAUUAUCUUGGUGACUAUAAAUUUAGAAAUUUAGAAAAGUUUGAAUUGUUUACCUUGAUAAGUUUGGAAUGUUUGGAAAAUGAUAAGGAUUCCAUAAAUAGGUAGUUAAUCAAUAGUAGUUAUUAUAGAUUUAUGGUAUCCUAUUCUUAAGGGAGCAUUGUUAUUAGGGAAUUAUUGAAUAUUUAUUCAGGAGGUUAAAUAACUAAUUCAUAAAGAAAUGAUUUGGCAGCUAGAUCAGUUACAAAUACUAUAUUUGAUUAAAAAGAUGAAAUGCCUUUCAAUCAAUUUGUAAGUAUGACCAAAGCUUAGUUGAUUUAUGCUAAUAAAUUAUGCAAACAUUAUUUUAAUGUGAAAUUUUUGGGAGAUCAAUCUCAUAUUGAAAUACCAAGAUUGAAUACUUCCAGUUUUAUAUUGAAUGAUCAAGUUUUAGCAUUACUUUAAUUGAGUUCUCCUGAUUUCAGUAAAAUCAAAUAAUUAUAAUUACAAUUUUCAUCAUCUGUAAGUAAUGAUGAUUUAGAUCAUAUUGCAGAUAUAGUGAUUAAUACUUAAAAAUCAUUAUUAUUCAUAUUCAGAAAUAGAGAAGAUGAAUGUAAAUAUUUAUAAUCUAUUUAAUAUAGCAUAAAAUGAUACUUUCCAAUAAUAAGUAUUUGGAGCUUAUAUCUCAAUUGAUCCAACAUUAGAAACUCAUUAUAUUAGGAGAAAAUUAAAGGAUCCAAUGAAUAUAUUGUAUAGUGAUAAUGAUCCUAAAAGUUUGUAUUUUGGAGAUGAAAAGAGUUUCAUAUUCUCAUUACUUCCAAAAUAUUAACUAUUUAUGAGUACUUUUGAUUAAAGAUCAAAAUAAUGUUUUGGUUACAUAAACAAUAGAUCUUUUAGAGUUGAUUAACCAUUAGGAUUAGGAUUUGGAGGAGAUGGAAAAGGAAAUCAUAGAAUAUGGCUUGAUGAAAAUCUUAAGGGAAAUUCAACUUGCAGGAUCAAUAAUUAAUGUGAUCUUACUUAUGAAAUGGGUUAUCUUUUAGAACCUCAUAUUGAAUUUCUUAAUGUAUGCCAUUUCAAUUUUAUUUAUUAAGUUAACAUGUAUAGAAAUUUGGAGUAUUGAAGAAAAGGAAGUCAAUCCAUUAUUAUAGAGCAAGAUUAUAGAAGCUGGGAAAGAAGAUAUGUAAACAAAAGAAGUUGGUGAACAGAAAGAAAGUGUUAUUGAGUAAAAAUGA